CUAAUCUGUGUUAACUGCGUACUUUAACUGCGUAGUUGACCCAGGAUGGAGUAAUGACUAUGAUUUUUUAUCGUUUUGUGUCGGUUUGGUUUCCAGAAAGGGUAACUGAUCUAGAUACGGCGACUUCCUCGGUGACUCACGAUAGGAUGUUGGCGGUACUUGGUAGCUUGCUGCGCGCUUAAAUAGUGAUUAAGCGACUGACUUCAGAAUUCUCAUUACCGUGUAUUAAAUUGCAUGACUCGGUGAUCGAACCAAGUUUUUGUCUGACGUUUUGUUUUUAUAUGACACCGGGGCAUAACUUAGUCCAUUCUCAUAAUUUACUCUUAUGAUGUAUGAGUCAAGAUUGAGUGUAGUUUUAUCUUUACAAUGACGUCUUGGGUCAUUCAUCUACUACUAUUGCCUUUGCAAAUAAACCUGUUUGUGUACAACCGUUCAAAAAACGACUUUGCAGGUACGGCGCAGAAAGUAGAGAAGAAGAAGAAGUUUAUCAUAGUACCGAUGUUAGUUAGUUUUUGGACCCACUUAUGCUUGUCACAAGUCGCUUGGAGCGUGCUCCAGGAUGGACGGAAGGGGGGAUGGAUCUCAGUGGUGGUGGCAGCGAUAACCUCUGACUCGGCCGGAGGACGAACGCUAGAUAACGGCUGCGACUUUCAAAUGAGAGCGAGUAUUCUUUCGCUACAGAUAAAGACUUGAAAAUAAUAUCUUCAACCUGCUAACUAAACUGACGGCACACGACAGGGCAGCUUGUGAACACCAAGCUGCCAUGUACUCUCACCGACAAACACCUCUCCGGUGUCAUCCCUCCCUCCCUUACCAAAGCCGCGGAAUCGCGCAUGCGCGGCUCCAGAGGACGUCGCGUCGGUCAUGUUACUGUAAUGCUCAGCUCACAUUGCCCGAGGGAGUACGCGUGGUAUGACGUCCUCCCUUUGGCUUUGUCAAUAUACUAUUGUAGUAUUCGUGGUCUUUGCUCUGGCGACGUGUACAAAUUGUACUAUGAUUCUUUUUGUUUGCAUAUAGAGAGCUCUAGACAAAAACAAAACAACGAACGAUAACCUUAGAGCACGUUUUAAUAACUAGUUUAACGCGUUUUACAUAAAACUGGUUCUAGCCUAAGGUUAUUUGGUUUAAUGAAAACAACUGGCUCCAGCGUAGAAACAGUGACAUUGUUGUAAUUUUUAAUGAGCAUUUGAUGCGUAUUUUUGCGUCGCAAGAAAUCUCUUUAAGCCUUAACACAUUGGUGUUAUCAUUUAAUGCAGUAAUAAAACCUUUCUUAGGUACGGUAGGUUCCUGGUAUAUAUUAUACUAGCGACCCGCCCCGGCUUCGCACGGGUGCAAUGCUGAUAUACUAAAUACGCUACAGAAAAACUGUGAACGUUGUUUAUAAAAAAACAUAGCGGCCCGCUCCGGCUUUGCACGGGUUUAAAAUAUGUAACUCACUGAAAAAAUGAUAAAAUCAAUCCAGUAGAUUUGAUUUAUUCAUUUACUGCCUGUAGCCCGCACGCGUUUUUGGAGAACGAUAUCUUCGCUACGUUUCAUCGAUUUUUAAUUUCUCGCGCGGA